AUGUGGUCGUUAUCUGCUUGUGUUAGAAGAAGUACUUCUAGUGUACUUCAACAACCCUUGCGUCAUUUUUCAUGUUUGACGAAACCUAAUACACCAUUAUCAGCCUUACGGAGCAUGAAUGGUAAUACAGUCAAUAAUGUGGAAUUCAAUAGUAUAAGCUUAAUCUCGGAUAAAAGUCAAACAAAUUCUGCAUUUCAACUUAUGUUUGGAUUUGUUCAAAGGAGAUUCAAGUCUAGAGGUAAUUCAUAUCAACCAUCGACAUUAAAAAGAAAGAGAACAUUUGGAUUUUUGGCAAGAUUGAGAAGUAAAAAUGGAAGAAAGAUUCUAUCAAGAAGAAAAGCGAAGGGAAGAUGGUACUUAUCUCAUUAA